AAUAUAAAAUAUAAAAGUACUGUGGCAGCGUUUAUGCCGCCGUCAUAACGUCUUGCUUAAAGUAAUGGCUGACAGAAAUGAAAUUGUUGACGAUCUGUCAGUUUUGUGAAUUUUAUUUUCGCCAUUAUCAGUGAUUUGUGACUCAUAGUUUUGUAAUGGGUAGUGUUUAGUAAAUACUAGUGUUCACAAACAAUACCGAAACAAAAUGAACGGAUUAAGUUUCAGCGAACUUUGUUGCCUGUUUUGUUGUCCGCCAUGCCCAGGAAAAAUUGCGGCCAAGUUAGCAUUUCUGCCUCCAGAACCAACGUAUGCAUUCACUCCUGAUGAAACGGGAUCGAAAUUUUCUUUAACGCUCACAGAACGCGCUGAGUGGCAAUACUCAGAACGUGAAAAAGAAAACAUCGAAGGCUUCUACUCCAGAACGACGAGGGGCAACAAGAUAGCCUGUCUCUUUGUUCGUUGCAGUCCAAAUGCUCGUUUCACUAUAUUGUUCUCACAUGGCAACGCUGUGGAUCUCGGACAAAUGAGCAGUUUUUAUUUAGGAUUAGGCACCCGAAUAAACUGUAAUAUAUUUAGUUAUGAUUAUUCGGGUUAUGGUGUAAGUGGCGGGAAGCCCUCAGAAAAGAACUUGUAUGCUGACAUAGAUGCUGCGUGGCAAGCGUUACGAACCCGAUAUGGCAUUAGUCCUGAAAACAUUAUUUUGUAUGGACAAAGCAUUGGAACUGUACCAACAGUAGAUUUGGCAGUGCGUUAUGAAGUUGGAGCUGUAGUGUUACAUUCGCCCUUAAUGUCCGGAAUGCGAGUAGCAUUUCCAAACACCAAGAGAACUUGGUUUUUCGAUGCAUUUCCCAGUAUUGACAAAAUACCCAAAGUUACUUCUCCAGUUCUUGUGAUUCAUGGAACCGAGGAUGAGGUAAUUGACUUCUCCCACGGACUCGCCAUAUAUGAGCGGUGUCCGCGUGCAGUGGAGCCACUAUGGGUAGAGGGUGCUGGGCAUAACGAUGUGGAACUGUUCAAUCAGUACCUCGAGAGACUGAAACGUUUUGUAUCUGUAGAGUUGCUCAACUGACAAAGACUGCAGGCCACUGGCCAGACAACACAAGGUGAUGAACAAAAUCCUGCAUCCACAUUGAGUUCCGGCACUUCCAGUUCGGCCACAGAGAGACUCCUCUAGCUAGCGGGGGCCGGGCCUAGCCGGGCCGGCCCCGAUAAAAAUUUAGUAAAAGUCGAGGGUGCGAACCCGCCCGCCCCCGCAUUUCCAUCCGGCGAACCUAACAGUGAUCCCUGUCCUACCGACGAGCCCAUAACCGCUCACAAUAUCAGCAUCAACGUGACUGACGCGGACUCGCCGGCGGGCGUGCGUCGUCGAGCCCACUUGCGCUCUCUUAGCGACGUGACCCCCGCGUGCCGGCCGGCCUCAGGCCGCGCUCGCUCGCAUUCCGAGAGGCCUCGUCCAUCGCCGGCAGCCUCCCUGGCACCCUCGCCCGCGCGACCUCGCCACGCUCUCACUCCGCGUCAGGCACGCAGCGAGCGCUCGUCGCCCGACGUGUCGCUACUCGCACUGGACGACACUGUGCGACCGCGCGACUUUCUCGACCCGUGGCGUAAGAUGAGCGACCUGGAGUUGCCGGCAUGUGGUGACCCCUGGGUGCGCAACAAGUCACCGGGCCGGCGCGGUCGGCUGGAGCGUCGCUCGGCGGUGCGGUGCGAGGCGUGCGGCGCAGAGAGCUGCGAGUGUUGGCGCUGCACGUGCGAGCCUCGGUCGGCUCGUCCGUCGCCGGCCCGCCUGGCGCCUCGGCCGCCCGCUCGCGCCCUAUCGGACGACAGCGCCGCGGAGAGACCUCGGAGGUUGUACAAAUCCUCGUCGCAGCGUUUGCUGGGAACGACGUCGACUGUCGAUCCGCUCCUCGAGACCACGUGUUGAACGGAACUGGAUUGCAUUCUCCGCGAGUAUUAAAUUCUAUUAGUGCGAAUUGUGUAUCCCCUCUUAGUUUUAAGAUUUCAAAAUUAUAUUUGUGUCGUGAUGACCGUUCGUGUCGAGUCUGCGUUGCGACAUCAUGUGUGAACGAUAUAUAAUGCGAGUGUUUUGUCAAUAUCCGGGUUACGAUUGUGCUGUGUUCGAAUUGCCUCAUUCGAGGCCCCGAGCUUUGAGUAACGUAGUGACGUUCAGAAUUUCAAUCCCUAAAAAUACAAAUAUAUUUCCAAAAACUAUCUAAUAGCACAAACUGAAGUAUCGUAUUUUGAUUUUUAAUAUCUAAUAUAUUCAAUGCAUGAAAUAUGUUUUUUUAUAUUGUACUUAUUAUUUAUUUAAUCAUCAUUAUGUACUGUUAAUAUCAAUAUGUUAUAAAUACAAUAAUAUCACGUACUGUUAGUAACAAAUGUACCUACAUUCCAAAUUAUUACAUAUUUGAGUUGCUACAAUAUCGAAUUCAAUCGAUUCGUAAUUUUAUUGAAGAGCAUUAAAAUCAGGAGGAAUUGAAUCUCUCGCUAACCUCAAUUGAUUACCAUGUACAGUAAAUUCCACAUAUAAUGACCUCGAAGAUAUGUCCAGAACAAGUUAAAAACACAGACACAUCAUCUUAAAAAAAGUAAACUUCCUAUUUUUGUUACACAUUUUGUUAAAUAAAGAUAGAAAUAUAGAAGCAUAUACAUUGUAUGUAUCCAUUAAUAAUAAAUAGUAAAAACUGACACAUCCAUAUCUACAUAGAAUUUUCACUGCUUUUAUUGUUUACAUUUGGCCUUUGUUUUUUAUUUAAAUUGUAAUAAGUCUAAAGUUAUUGUAGACAGAAGAGUAUAGAGAAGAAUAUUCUGUUUUAUUAUUUUGGAUAGUCUUGCUACGAAGAAAUAAUGAUAACACUCCUGCACUUUUUAAAGCUUCUUCUGUGAAAUGUUUUGAUUCACACGAAAAUCGUUAUAUGUAUUAUAUUCAAGUCAUAUUUCAACGGAUUUCGCUGUACAUUAAAUUUGUUAAAUAUGUUUAAAUUAUACUCUAAUGAUUAAAAGUCAUUUGAUAUCCUCAACUUUAAUUAUAAAUAUACUCACAUACAUUUUUCAUAUAACAAUAAAAUAAUAAAAAAGAACUAUAGUGACCCAAAAGCAAUUGCUACUUGAAGCUUGUAUGAAAAAUGUAAAUUUAACAUUGAUAACUGUAAAAUGUUUUAUAUCAUGUACUUCCAAUAUUUCAAAUAUGUAUUUAUUAUAAAUAUAUUGUGCAUUUGAAGAAUCUUAUUCAUUUUAUGUUUAUUUUAAUUUUGAUAAAUUUUAUAUUUAGAUAUAUUAUGUAAACUUAAGUCAUUUCAUCCUAAAACAUUUUUAUGGAAUUUCUGUGCCAUUUUACAGUUUCGGAUCAGAUUAUUCCCUAAGGUAUUAUUUCAAAAUGCUAUGUACUUAUUAUUUAUACAUACUAUUAAACAUUAAAUAGGAAGGUUGAUAUGUGUGAUUGAUGUCUCAACUGUUAUUUACUUAUUAAAAUGUAAAAUGGUUAUCUUUAACUUGUAAUAUAAAAGAAAAUUUUUAUUAAAUUAAAGUGCACAUAUCUUUAAAA